AUGGCAUCAGACCCAAUCCUGCCCAAGGAGGGCGAGCGGAAUAUCCUCAUUACCAGCGCACUUCCUUACGUGAACAAUGUCCCCCAUUUGGGCAACGUCGUCGGCUCUGUGCUGAGUGCGGAUGUAUUCUCGAGGUAUCACAAGGCUUGCGGCCGACCUACCCUUUUCAUUUGCGGAACGGACGAAUAUGGCACAGCUACAGAGACCAAGGCGUUGGAGGAGAAGGUGACGCCGGAGGAGCUUUGCGCAAAGUACAACAAGAUCCACCAGGAGGUUUACAAGUGGUUCAACAUUGGAUUCGAUCACUUCGGCCGCACUCCUACUCAGAAGCACACCGAGAUCUCUCAGGCUAUCUUCAAGCGCCUCUAUGAUAACGGAUUCCUUGACGAGCGCACCGCCGAGCAACCUUUCUGCGAGAAGCACGGCUCCUUCCUGGCUGAUCGUUACGUCGAGGGUGAAUGCCCCCGCUGCCACUACGACGAUGCCCGUGGUGACCAGUGCGACAAGUGCGGUCACCUCCUCGAUCCCUUCGACCUCAUCAACCCCCGCUGCAAGCUCGACGGAGCCACCCCGGUCCGUCGCGAGACGAAACACAUUCACCUGCUGUUGGAUAAGCUCCAGCCUGAGGUUGAGAAGUGGUCCACCGAGGCCAUUAGCAAGGGAGAAUGGCCCAAGAACUCCAAGGUCAUCACCGAGUCCUGGUUGAAGGAGGGUCUGAAGGACCGUGGUAUUACCCGUGACCUCAAGUGGGGUGUCCCCGUUCCUCUGGAGGGCUUUGAGAACAAGGUGCUGUACGUUUGGUUCGAGGCAUGCAUUGGCUACCCCUCCAUCACCGCCAACUACACCAAGGACUGGGAGCAGUGGUGGCGCAACCCGGAGAAUGUCCAGCUCUACCAGUUCCUGGGCAAGGACAACGUUCCCUUCCACAGUGUCAUCUUCCCCGCUACUCAGAUGGGUACCCGGGAUAAGUGGACUAUGCUCCACCACCUCAGCGCUACUGAGUAUCUGAACUACGAGAGCGGCAAGUUCAGCAAGUCUCGUGGUAUCGGUGUCUUCGGAACGAACGCCAAGGAGACUGGUGUCGGCCCCGAUGUCUGGCGUUACUACCUGCUGAAGAACCGUCCUGAGACCGGUGACACUCAGUUCGAGUGGCGCCCCUUCGUCGAUGCCAACAACAGCGAGCUGCUCGCCAAGUUGGGUAACCUCGUCAACCGUGUUAUCAAGCUUGUCAACGCCUCCUUCGGCGGCGUCAUCCCCGAGUUCACCGUUCCCGAGAGCUUCAGGCCCUUCGAGGAGGAGGUCAGCGGCCUCCUGAAGCAGUACAUCGAGGAGAUGGAGAGCGUCCACCUGCGUGCCGGUGUCAACACCGCCAUGCGUCUUGCCGAGGCCGGUAACGGUCUGAUCCAGGCCAACCGUCUGGACAACUCCUUGAUUGCCAACGAGCCCGAGCGCGCCGCUGCCGUCGUCGGUUCCGUCCUGAACCUGAUCCACCUGCUUGCCAGUGUCUUCGCUCCAUACAUGCCCGGUACCUCGGACUCUAUCCUGGAGCAGUUGAACGCUCCCUUCCUCAUGAUCCCCUCCCUGGAGGCUCUCAAUGAUGGCUGGAAGGCUGACAGCCUGAAGGCUGGUCACAAGAUCGGCAAGGCCGCCUACCUCUUCUCGCGCAUUGACCCCAAGAAGGCCGAUGAGUGGCGUGAGGCCUUCGGUGGCUCCCAGGCCGAGCGCGCCAAGAAGGCCGAGGAGGCUGCUAAGCUUGCCGCGAAGAAGGCCGCUGCCAAGGCUAAGAAGAAGGAGAAGAAGGAGAAGGGCAAGGCCCCCGGUGGAGUCGAGGCUACUGCCAAGGGUGGUGCCGAGAAGCCCAGCGUGACGACCGAUGGACCCCACGACGAGGCAGUUGAGAAGAUUGCCGACGGUGUCGCCCAGGUCACCCUUCCCACCUCUUAA